UCUAUGAAUGGAAGGGAAAGCCUGCAGGGAUUGUGACGUAUGGUGGAAGAGGAGGGGGGAAGGCGGGAGAUCAUUUAAGGGGUGUUUUGACGGGGUUGAGGAUGAGGACUGUGUCGACUGCUCCGGGAGUUGUUGUACGGAGUACGGCUAUGGAAGGUUGUUUGGCGAAGGGGGAAGUUAGUGUGGAGGAUAGGGAGGAGUGGAGGAGUGCCGGUGUUGAGGAUGCGAUUAGGGCAAUGUUUGGGGAGGUAUUGAAUGAGCUGCAGGAGAAUUGAUAGACAGCUAAGUAGAAUAUACCAAGAACUCAAGGCUGGUGGUGAGACUAAUAGAUAGCUGGUUAUUGGCCAUUCAACACAUCUAAUCCUGAUUCUCCCUUCAGAUAAUCCAGUCCAUCCAGCUAAGGUAAGUAGGUCACAGUAUAUACUUAAACAGCGGCGACCGAUCCCCCAUAACCUGCAACUCCUCAGGCGUAUAUUUCUCCUGAAUCUCAUCCCUACUCAUCUUCUCAUUCCUCUUAUUCACCCACCAAAACCUCGUCUCCAGCACAAGACUAGCCACCAUCCCCGCCGCCGCAAACGCAAACGAACUCCCAAACCCCGUCGGAUACUUCGGCGCCUCGCGCUCAAGGUAUAUAAACGAACCUACAAGCC